AUGUUUUUUUGGUUUGUGUGCUAUCUCGUGGUAGUGUGGCUGAUUUCUGACUCAGAUGUCAGUGAAGUGAGUGGCUACCUGCUUACUUUCACCUUCUACGAAACCAGUACCAGUUUCAAAAUCUUGAGAGGUCUUAUCUGCGAUAACCUCCAGGGCUGCUGUUUGGAAGGGGGAUGGUUUCUUUUCUUUGCAGCGAAGAGCUGUCCAGAACUUCCUUCAGUGAACAAUAGCAUAUUUGUUGUAAAGGAGACGGAAGGACAAAUUCUGGGGACUUACCUUUGUCUUACGGGCUUCCACCUGGUAGGAGAGAAAACCUUUUAUUGCAAUGCCUCUGAGGAGUGGAAUACCCCCACUCCCAAGUGCCACUUGGGCCACUGUCCUGACCCUGUACUGGUGAAUGGUGAGUCCAGUUUUCAGGGGCCUGUGAAUGUGAGUGACAAAAUCACAUUUAAGUGCAAUGAGCACUACAUCCUCAAGGGCAGCAAUUGGAGCCAGUGCCUAGAGGACCACACCUGGGUGCCUCCCCUUCCUGUCUGCAAAAGCAGAGACUGUGGCCCUCCUGGGUAUCCAGCUCAUGGCUAUUUUGAAGGAAAAGAUUUCAGCUCAGGAUCUACCAUUACUUAUUAUUGUGAAAAGAGAUACUGCUUAGUGGGCACACAAGAACAGCAGUGCGUGGAAGGGGAGUGGAGCAGUGCUCUUCCAGUCUGUGAAUUGAUCGAAGAAGCUCCCAAACCAGCUUCUGAGGGGGAAAAGGCACUUCUUGCCUUUCAGGAAAAUAAGGAACUUUGCAAAGCCAUAGAGAACUUUAUGCAAAGAUUAAAUGAAAAUGGCUUAACGAUGGAGGAACUAAAAUAUUCUCUGGAAAUAAAGAAAGCUCAGUUGGAGGCAAAAAUGUGCCCUGACAUUGUAGCUGAGCAGACUGGCAAAUGCACCUCUGAAUAA